AUGUCUACGUGGGAGUCUCGGCGUGCCGAGUUUGUCCUGGGACUUGCUGCCGGUGUUGUCACUACGACAGUAGCUCAUCCGCUUGAUCUACUAAAGGUGAGGCUUCAGCUACUGCAGCUGCCGACCCUGCAUGCUUUUGGGCAGCUUCGGCGUGUUGUUGCGGGUAUUCAGAGCGAUGCUAGGGCUAGUUAUGCUCAUCUGAACAAAACACAACCUAAGCCGGUGUACUACUUGCAGCAAUGGUACCGCGGUGUUGGUCCCAACUUGAUCGGAAACGCGGCCGCGUGGAGCAUCUAUUUUACCCUAUAUGCGGAGUAUAAGGAGUUGCUAAGCGGGCCUUUGGGCGGAGUUAAUGGAGAUGGGUCUACAUCAUACUUCGGUGCGUCCGCCCUAGCGGGCAUGACGACUUCCGUGUUGACGAAUCCGAUCUGGGUGCUCAAAACGCGGAUUCUAGGCUCCUCGAGAGGCCCGCUGGGCUCCUAUAAGUCCAUGGCAGAUGGUAUAAGACGUAUUCUACUAGAAGAGGGCCUAGCGACGUUCUGGCGCGGAACGGUGCCGAGCUUCUUCAUGGUCAUCCAAGCGAGCGUGCAAUUUUCCCUCUACGACCAGCUCAAAGACUGGAGUGUGGCUCUGGCGCCGGAGAAACUGGACCCGUCGCAGUUGUCGCUGUGGCAGUACAUCUGGGCGUCCGUGGUCUCCAAAACGGUCAGCAUGUGUCUCCUAUAUCCCACGCAAGUUGUGCGCUCGCGGCUUCAGGCCCAGACCGACCGCAAAGAGGCACAGACCAUUGGCGAGGUGUGCCGGCUGCUCUGGUCCAACGAGGGCCGUUUCCGGGGCUUUUAUCGAGGCAUGGGCGCCAAUAUGCUUCGUGUGCUUCCUUCCACCUGCAUAACCUUUGUUACAUACGAGACUGUGAAGAACUCUCUUUCCUGA